CGCCUCUGUGCAUGCCCGGGCAUGCGCAGAACCGGUUUUCGGUGCCGCUCUGCCCAUGUAUGGGCACCGGAAAUUGCUUCUGCGCAUGUCCGGGCAUGCGCAGAAGAGAUUUCCGGUGCCCAGACAUGCGGACACGGGCAGCCUGGCACCAGAAGUCACUCCUGCGCAUGUCUGGACAUGUGCAGAACCGAUUUCUGGUGCCCCGGACAUGGGCAGAGCCGGCACCAGAAAUCGGGCAUGCGCAGAGGCGAUUUCUGGCAGCACUUGGCAAGUGAUCCCUUAUUUUUAAAUCCUAAAGUUGACAGCUAUGCUUGACUGACUGUCUCCAGGUACCGUGGUUGUCUGCAAUGGAUUCCCAGUAUCGAUGUUGUCAGCCUUCAUGGCACGUUUUCAGUCAUCUUCAUAAUGCAGUUGGUCUGCCAAUUGAACACCAGGCUUGGAUUAAAAGCUCUCCCAGGAAGCUGUCUAAAACCCUGCUAGUAAACUUGUUAGGUUACUCACAUGUGAUGAUUCUGAAUGCCAUAAUCAAGGUUCAAAAAUCCUUAGGUAGUAUAAGGUGAAGCCUCAGACAAUGGUUGCAGGCUUAAAAAAAAGAAAUAUCUAGAUGGGAUGGUGCCUUACAGUUAGACUGUUAAAGCAUGGCAUUACAGCUCUAUGCAGCUUGGAGACCCUUCCUCUAAUUUCUCUAGUGUGAAAGUUUUCCAAAGUUAGUGGUGAAAGAAAAGCACUCUGCACAUGCUUAAAGGCAGCUUCUUCUAUUCUUAAUUUGCAUUAGGAAUACAAAUACAGAGAUGCCAGGUUGUGCCUUGGUGAAUCCAGAUGAAAGUUAAACCUUGCUUCUAUACCUUCUCCUGGAGUACUGCCAAAAUACUCUGUUUCCAUUUCAACCAUGAAGGCAAAGAUGAAAUCACUCCCACACAGCCAAGGCACAAGAGCUGGAAAGUUACCAGCUACUGAGUGAGGAAAUGGGAAAUACCUUUUGCAAUUUCACAAUAGUGUGAUUCCCCCUGGUCAUUUUAAUAUUUGGUGUUGGCGGGUUUUGGUGUUGAUAACCACAAAUACGUAGGGUCAACACCUACAGUUUUGUCCAGAAAUAUUUAUUAGGUCCCAAAUCUAACAAAAUAGUGUGUUACAAAAAGCAGUGGGCGGGAAGAGGAGGAGGAAACAACAACGGAAGGUACAGAUAUUAGGCGGAUAUUAUAGGGAUGAACCAACGUUUAGAAUUAAUCCAAAAAUGGAGGCUGCAUACUGAAUUAGUUUCUGCUAAUUAGGUCUCAGGUUACACCAAAGAUUCUGCAAUAAAUGACUGUUCCUCAUUUAUUAAAAUGAAACAAUAGAAUGUAAGAAGAGGCUGCUGGGUCAAGCUAGUAGGUGAUCUAGCCCAGCAUUGCGUUCCCACAGCUGCUAGCCAGAUGCCAUGGGGAAGCACACAAGGAGGACCUAAGCACAUUAAUGAUCUCCCUAGUCCCCAGCAAAUGUUAUUCAGGUACUGAGGAAGCAAAGGAAUGAUUGUGUUGUAAUCAAAGGACUCUUCAUAAUGUUCAGGGAGUGGUUUAUGAAUAUUCAUUCUUAGCAUUCUAAGUAGGAUCGGAGGCAACCUUUCCAAGAAGUACUUUCAAGGUAGUUAGUUUUAAUGUCAUUUUCGAGUGUGCAAGAUGCACUUGCUUGGACACGAGAUGCAUAAUGCCCAAUGUGCUACCAUUUGUUAAGCUGAGCACAAGAGCUUGUUCUUGUUCUUGUGGUUGGUGCAGACUAUGAGCCCAGCAAACGUCAGCCUCACCCCCAACGUAUUAACUGUUGACCAGAGUAGAUUUGGGAGAGAGGAAAAAGUGGGGAUAAGUGUUUGGAGAAGGGUGGAAUGGAGUAUUCCUUCAGGGAGUUGAUAGCAUAAGGAAGUUUCAAGCUUUCGUCUCUGGAAUUUUGGAUUCCUUACUUUGUAAAAGUUGGCGCCAGGCUGCUAGCAAUUAAUGCUGGAGAUCAAAGCAGCCAAAUGAAUGAGGAAGCAACAGCAUUUAAUUGAGAUGGUGGACGAGGCUUGUUGGUCAAUCUCAAUCAAUUAAAACACUCAGCAGCCAAGUCUUCCUAGUUCUUUUAGCAACGCAAGUGUGAAACUUGGUGUCACAUCCUGUAUGACUUAUGCAAGCAGCAUUGCAGAAUGAUCUGCCUUCUCUUUUCUCUCAAAUGUUUUACCUUGUUCAGAAGUACUUCUAUCAUUGAACUUCAAACAAACAAAAAGCAGAUGGAAAUCCAACUAGGCAUUUCCCAAAGAGCCUAUGGAGUUUUGUGCAGCUGAUAGACCUGAAAAACUGGUUAAAUUAGUAUUUCAUGUGCUAAGAAUCUGACAUGUAAAUUAGCAUGAAGCAUGCAAACCACACCUACCAGCCUCACUGAGCAGCAAUAAAAUGCUGUGCAAAUCCCAGGGGAGAGCAGAGAGAGAAGGAUCUCUCCCAAGGCACGGGACUUUAUCACAUCAGCGCAGCUCCCCCUACAGAAAUCUGAACUUCAUAUAGUCUGAACCUCAACCACUCCUCAAGAAGAAUUGGAGGAAAAGGGAGAGGUUGAAAUGAUGAAGCCCCACAAAACCGUACAACAGGAAAUGGACGAUUUAUUCAAUCAUUUUAAGAAGCCACGUCCAGGUACGGUUGUGAACGAGAAAUUACCAAGUCCCUGGUACUUCAAAAUUUGGGAUAUUAAUCAGAAGUACCUCUUGUUAGUGGGUGACCGGCUGCUCUCAGCGCCCAGAAAUUCCAACUCACCAGCGGGGUUAAUUGCUGUGGUCCCAAAUGAAGCCAUUGGGAAAAAAGAUGAAAGAACAUCCGCCAUCUUUAUGGGUAAUGAAAAUGGGCAACUUACUUUGUCCUGUGAGGAAGUUGGUGGUCAACCUCAGCUAAAGUUAAUGGGAGAAAAUAUUAUGGAUCUAUAUAACAAAAAACAGGAAUUCAAGAACUUCAGUUUCCUCUGCAAGACUGCCAGCGGCAAGGAGACCGGCAGCUUUGAAUCUGUAGCAUUCCCAGGAUGGUUUCUUAGCACUUCACCAGAGCCAAACAAGCCUAUUGGUUUGAGCCAGCAAGGAGGUGCUGAGAUCACUGAAUUUUUCAUGGAAAAAACAAAUUAAGGGGCGGGAGGUGCUGUUGUCAUGCUAUAGACCCUGUAUAGGUGGUGUGGUAGAAUGAAGUCCUGUGGAGAUAUAAUUUUCCCAGCCUUAAGUUCAAUACCCCACAUUUUCAUGCCUGCUUUACAUUUUUUUAAAGUCCUACUGAAAAUUCUUUAGCAUUUUAUGCAUUUCCCCCCCUACUAUACACAUUUAAUGCUACUUUGCAUAUUUUUUUUGCAAAUCAUUUCACCUCAAUACACGGAAUUUUUUGUGUCAUUUUUCACUAGCAUAUGCAAUUUUCUGCACACUUUAACUCUAGCAUGUGCCUUUUUGUACACAUGACUUGGCUGGGGAAACUGCAGUGCAAAAUUCAGAAAGGCAAAUUUGGAAGGAUGACGGUGUUUCAAUUUAUGCAUUGUUUCCGAAAGAGUGAAUUAUUUAUGUGAAAUAAAAUGAUCUUAUACCCCUUUAAAUGUGUUUGUGGAAGGAGGAAGGGUUUUUUGGGUUUUGGUUCUUUUUUAAAUUAUGUAGUUUGUGUUUUUAUCCUGCAUUUUUAUUUUGUGAACCACCCUGAGAUCUACAGAUAAAGGAUGGUAUACACAUUUAAUAAAUCAUUCAAAUGGAUUGGAUUGAAUUUGUCUGACAUCCCUACCUACAACAACCCUAUGAAACAAGUGAGACUGGGAAAUGGUGACUGACUGGCCAUAGGGCACCCUGCCAACUUAAUGGCUGAACAGGUACAGUCGUACCUUGGUUCUUGAAUGCCUUGUGACUCGAACAUUUUGGCUCCCAAAUGCUGCAAACUCAGAAGUGAGUGUUCCAUUUUGUGAAUGUUUUUUUGAAGCCAAAUGUCCGACGCAGUUUCCACAGCUUCUGAUUGAGUGCAGGAAGCUCCUGCAGCCUAUCAGAAGCCGCACCUUGGUUUUCAAACGUUUUGGAAAUCGAACGGAUUUCCGGAAUGGAUUCCGUUCGAGAACCAAGGUAUGACUGUAUUUGAACCUCCUACCACACUGACUCCAAGUUUACAACUUGUAAAAAUCUGCAAAGGAGUUUUUCAACCAAUUCUCUCCAAUACUAGCCAUAUAAAAAUUUAUGCUCUAAAAAUUUUGUAAGAUGCUUAGAGACUCCUUUGGGGCACGUGACAUUAUCAUAACAUGAGCCCCACUUUGGGCAAAAGAUUACUGCAUUGCAGGGGAUUGGACUAGAAGACCCUUAAAGUUCCUCCCAACUCUACAAUUCUACGAUUCUAUGAUAACCGCACCGGAUCUCCCAAAUUUAUAGCUUGUAAAAUAGGUAUUCCAAUCGGAAUGGAAGUUUUCAUUCUUCCAGAACACAAACACUGCUCCUGAUUUUCAUCAUUGUAGGUGUCAUAGUCUUAGAUAUCAAGGAACAUAGCUCAACCCCUGUGAAAUGGUCCAUAUGUGUAGCAUCUUCUGUUUCCCAGUACAAGAGCCCAUGUACUAGUGGAUGGCAGAGUUCAAAGGAAUCCAAUGCAACAACUGUGCGACUGGAAGCUUGUUGCACAACAGCAGAUCUUGCUACAAAAUCUGUUGCACAACCAUCUUUGGUAAUGUCCUUGUGUUUUCCCUUGCAAAACCGAUAUAUCGCCGUUGCCCCUGGUCACGCAAAAAAGGAUUGCUUUGUUCUUUUCACACAUCUUUAAAAGUGACAAGGUGGGUGAGGGAAGGUGAAACUGAAGCAACUUCCUUUUUAAAUUUGAAACAUUUCCAUUCACACCCACCCACACCCUCUUCAUUCCUGAGAGGGGCAUGUCACUAACUAUUGGUGCGAUGCACAAUUGAUGAAAUAAACGGGUGGCAGCAUUAGCUCAGAAACACGAGAGGCUGCAGAUCUCUCCUUUUUAUUGCAGUAACCAUAGAGGCCUUCGUCACAAUAGAAUUCAAAUUGCUCUGCCCUGUGAUAAAUGAACCUGGGCAAAUGCAGCAGUGGAGGACAGGAGGGAAGAGUUGACAGUCUCUGGGGAUCUGAAAGAGCAGAAAAGGAAGGGGACCUUGGCAGAAAUUCUGUGCUUUCCAGGUCUGCAAACUACGGAGAUGAAGGGUGAGUCCAGCGCUACAGUGAAAUGAAUUGUUCAGAAUGAAGAAGAGCACCUGAGCACUGCUUUUUGUUUUGUUUCUAUUUUAAAUAUGGCACAGUGGAGCUAGACUGAUCCUUGUAGUUAGCUACAGAGGUGUAGCAUGGGUUGCCGGGGCAGAGCAAGUGUUGCGCCUCCCUAGUGAACUGGGGAGCUGGGGUGGAGGCAUGCGCCGGGAGGCUACAUGGAGCCUAUGAAGCACAUGACUGCUGCUGCUGGUGGUUGUGGUAGUGGCUGCGCGCACCUUUUCGGCUUGGCAGCUCCACCACCUUCUGGCUCGGCCAGCCCAGGGGUGAGGCAUGCAGGUGUACCACCUUGUUGCACCCCUAUCAGAAUUUUGCACCCAGGGUCACUGCCCCUCUGCCCCCUCCCCAUGCUAUGCCACUGGUUAGCUGUUACUGACCACUAAGCCAGCAUGUCCUUGUCUCAUAUCGCAGCCUAGAAGGAGCAAGCCUUGUGGCAGGAAUGUAACGUAUAAAGUGCUAAUGGUAGCCUGGGAUGAAACUCUCCUCCCUGCAUCUGUUUGGUGUUUUAGAUUUCUUACUCAUCAUGGAUUGCUUAUAAUUUGACACUGUCUCAUCUUAUAUCUCCCAAUUCCCAUCACCCCUGACCACUGGCCACAGAAGCAGUUUUAGGUUCGGUCACACUGGGUGUCAGCACCACAAGGGGCGCUGCAACAAUGAUGUAAAAUGGAGUGCUGGGGAGGGGCACCUAAUUUUAAAGUCACACAGGGCGCCGCUGAAAGUUGAGUCCUCCACUGCUGGCAAUGCUGAACAUAAGAGUGUUAGGAUUUCAUAGUAGAUUCUGUUCCACCUUAAACAGGAACAGGCUUGGACAGGGGUCCCCAGACUAUGGCCUGCGGGCCAGGUGCAGCCCAAUUGGCCUCCCAAUCCGGCCCGCGACAACCCC